AUAUCCUAAUCGAACGCGUGCAUAUAAUACUAUAACUUAUUCUCAACAAGUUAGCAUUUUUUCAAAGACACAACAUUUUAUUUUUAUCAUGCCCAGAAAUUCAGCCUCACCCAUCCGAAAAUCAAGGCUGCAUGUAAAUGCGAUCCCCACAACAGAGAAAGUGAAAUUCAAAAUAAGAAGGUAUUGUCUUGUACUUGUAAUUUUAAUCUUAGAAUCUGUAUACUGUAUACUGUAUGUAGACUUUAUAGCUUAGUUCAUUAGAAUAUAUUUUGAUUUCGAAAGUUUAUGUUCUAAGCUGCUAGCUAGCUGCUCUUCCAGAAAAUGCAGGACAGCCACAUCAACUUCACAUUUAGGAAGCGAUUUUUUAUAUUUCCAAUACCCUGUAUCGCAGCAUAAUUUAGGCAUACGGGAGAAAGGUAAAUUUUUCCCCUGGUCUCAUUAUCAUUUCAUGUUAGCUUAGUUUUGCAUGGAUUUAAAUAAUGACCUGCUCUAGUAGUUAGGGUUAGUUAAAAACAUAAAUUCUACUUCAUAUGUUGCUACCAUAUUUUCAAACAUUUAAAGGGAAACUGCAAUAACUAUCAAGUUAUUAUUUUUUGUUAAAUACGAAAAGCAUAACAAAAUAAAAACAAUUUCUUAGAUUAGUGGUUAUAGCUCUCGUACUCUGUGCGGGAGACCGGGGUUUGAUUCCUCUUGGCGGCGAUUCAACAUGGGCGAGUGAAUGUUACCAUAGCCCCGGGUUAACCCAAGCCAUGUGAGGGAAAUUAGGGAGAUGACACACUGUGUGGGCCGUUGGAUGUUGCCGGGAGUUGUCUAGUAGAGCAUGGGCCCUAAUUGGAUCUGUGUAGCUCAAAAUGAGCAUUAAAUACUCUAUGACUCUCCAUCUAAGCCAUGGCUCCUCCUGAAAAUAAUAGACAGGGUAUAUCCCUCGAUAUUUGUGAGGCUAGCCAUGUAAAUAAUGCACAUCUAUCUAUCUAUCUUUGUUUUUCCUAUUUACCUUCACAACUUUCUCUUAAAAAAACACCAGCCAGGGUCAAUUUUAUUCAAGGCUUAAAUACAUGGUAAGGUUAAACGGACUGUUUAGAUGUAAGAAAAAACCUAUAAGUUUAGUUGCUGGUAAUACACCUGUCUACACGUUAAGAUGAAAUGUUCAAGUUUUUUUAACACUAGUACUGGUUUUGAUUAGAAACCGAAAAAUAUGCUCAAAUCUUUAGUUUAAACAAUAGCUCAUUAAUCAUUCUGUUAAUUUUAAUAAACAAAACUUAGCAAAAGUUAAACAUGUCCAACUUUUAAAAAAACUUAUAAAACUGAAAAAAGUUGUUACAUCUUUCCUGUUUACACAGUAAGUUUUUUUAUCUUACAUUGAAACGGUCCGUUUAAACUUACUGUGUAUUUUAGCCUUUAGGACCUUAAUGUAAACUUUUAGGAUUAAAAUAGGUAACCACCAAUUUUCACACAACAACCAGAUCACCAGAAGUAAAUGAGCAGUCUAUACAGAAGGGCCAGAGAACCGACAGCGAACGAACAGAGAAAGCAGAGGACUGACUGCAAAUGAACUUGAAACUCUGUACCGGAGAUCAGCCUUACUCUAAACAAGAAGGAAUAUAUUUCACGUUAACCUGCCAGGGUGUGAUCUUACAACUUUUCGCACUGAAGCAAACGCUGUACACUCUUUUUUAUAAGAACCAGUACAAUCUUGCUAUUUUAUUUUAUGAGCAUUUUUCAGGCAGAUUUGUUCAAAUUUUAUUCCAGGUAAUAAGAACACAAAUUAAAAAUUUAGCCUUGAGUGUUUAUAUGACAAAAAUGUUCAUGAAUGCAAUUUAGUCUUAUUUCUAGGUGAGAAAAUCGCAAGCAAAAAGGAUUAUAGAUUAAAAGGAUUACAAAAAGGCCCCAAGCAGUUUAGCAGGUCAGCCCCUGACUCAACCCAUGUUGCUUACUUUGUGUUUUUGUAUCAGUUUUGAAAUAAUCCCAUGCUCUUCGUCACAACGCAUUGUGCAUAUUUAGUGUGUGGUUGCUUUGCAAUGUUUUUAGUCUAAAUGAUGACAUCCGUUUGUUCUCCUUUCCCUACGUUUUUUUCUCUAAUAGUAUUAUUUUUUGGACUGCACUGUCACCAUACUGCUGGUUUUCUGGUCGUUCUGCAUAGACUGCUCAUUAGCUGCUGGUUCUCUGGUAGUUAAGCAACUGUGAUCUUUUAACUUUUAAAAAUAAAUCAACUGCAUCUUUGCAACAUCUUUACAUUGCCCCCUUGUGCUUAAAAAUAAAGAGUACAUGUAUGUCGUCCUGUGCUGCUUAAAAUAAAAAGUUCUGUGAAAGAUUGAUUGAUGAUGUUACUGACAUAUCUAAUUUCCAGGUCAACCAAAAUUUAGAAGAAUUGCUGAGCCAAUAUAAAGUUAUUCAAACACAAGUAAUACCAGUUUUUGAUCCUAGAUAAAUGCUAUAUACCCUGCUGACUGUUUUGUUUAUUUCAAAUUUGAUGUUUUUAUUUAUAUGCUUUGAACUGGCAGAAGAUUUUCAACUUGACAGAACAUAAUAUUGAACACUUAUUAAAGAGAAUGAGGAAAGCAAGUUUAAAACCAAAACGUUAGGAGACCUGGGACAAACAAACAAGUGUCAUUUUGGCAAAAAAUCUAUGUUAAUCAAUUCAUCUUUAUAAUAUCUAUGCAUUAAUAAUGUUUGAAUGCACAUCCCUUAACAGGUCUAAAGUUACAGAUGACACAAAAUGUCAAAAUUUGCUAUUACUUAAAUAUGACAUCAUAAUUUAUUCACCAUAAUUAAAUCUGAAAUUCUUGAAAUGUAAAUAUCUUGUUUUAAAUAUCUUAAACCGACUUGUUAACCAACUCUUUAAGCUCUAUAUUAUUUAUAUUUUAUACUUUAGGUAUAAAAUGAUUGGACUAUAUAUAAUUUUUUAUCACUAAAAAGUUUUAUCACUGAAAAUUUUAUGAUUUUCACCUUUUUAGCAAUUCUUCAUAGCUGGUUUAUAAAAUCUAAAAAAAAUAUAAAAAAUAGAGAAUAAUACGUCUGCAAAAACCAUGUCAGCAUUUUAUGUCAAUCAUUUACCUAGUUUAGUCAUUGUGUCAAGUUUUAUAGUUAGUGGCGUUUGUCCUUCCUUGAGUUCAAUAGGAAUGGUAAAAUUAACCAUCACUUUAAAACUAUACCCAGAAUAAAAGUAGGGUUAAAAAUUUAUCAACACAGAAAACUAUGAUUUGUUUUUUUUUCACUUUGAUUGAUUUUUUCACUUUCCCCAAACAUUGUUUACAUACUUAAUAUAUUAUAUAUUGCGUUAUGUGUAUUGUAGCUAUUAUUGUAUUGAAAAAAUUUUUAUAAAAAGUUUGAAACACUCAAGAAGGGAAAGAAAUAGAGAAGGGAAAUUUAAAUUCGAAAUGUUGUGGUUCCAAAAGAUAAAGAAAACAUUACAACAAAAAGAAAUAUAACAGUAAUUUUGCUACAUUAAACCUGCAAUGCAGAUGUUUAAAUGUGAAUAAUCUUCAGAACGAAAAGAGCUUUUUUAUAAAAAUAAAAAUCAUGUAAUCAACUUUUUAGGCUCUAUAUUAUAAGUCCAACGUCAUUUUAUAACUUGGAUUCCCUUUUACUAAGCAUCCUUGUUAUUUCUAUCCUCAUGUUUUUUCUAAUAUAAUCCAUUUAACGCUAACAGUCUGUAUGUGUUUGUGUUUUCCACUUUCUGCAAAAAUAUUAUAUUUGCGAAAUAGUUUUUGAAGUAUUAUAGUAUCCUUAAGGGAAGAAAUGAAUGUGAAAUUAGUGUUUCCAAAUUUUACUUGUAUUUGUGAACUUAAAUUUUGAUAUCGUGAAACAAGGGUCAUGUUAUUCCAUUCUUUUUUUUUUUUUUUUUUUUUUUUUUUUUUGCACUUUACUUCAUUUUUUGUAUUAAUUAAGGAAAAAGUUACACAAUUGAGGUUACUAUUUUAGUUGUAAUUGCUUUUAGUUUGGGCUUUUAUGUUUUAUUGUAACAAUUUGUGUAAUUAUUCUUUAUUUUUUUGUUUCACAUUUUUGUGGGAAUUUUUUACGCAAGGUUGAUGUGUCCACAGUAAUUUUACCAUAAUUUAACAAUGUAAGUAUGCAUGUAAGACAAAAAACAUUAUUCAAUGACAUGUUUAGUGCUUUUCUGGGUACUGGACUGUCAAAGAAGUCACGUCAAUGGGAGUUAGCAACUCAAGCUUUGCAGUGCUUCACACUACUGUAUAUUGAUAUGUGAUAUAUAUUUAUACUUUUUUGAUGUAUAAGGUGCCCGUAUCGUUACACUGGUACCAAACACCAACUGGCCAUUCGCUAACUAAUAAACACCUGUUUUAAAUAUUAGUAACUCUCUCUUCAUAUUCUGUUUCACUGAAAAACUACCUAAUGUGUUUUUAUACAUUGUUUGGUAAGGUAUUUCUGCUACAGAAAAAUCAGCCUAAAAUAGUUGGAUUUAUAUUUCUUCAUUUUACACACUGAUUCAUCAAACAUAAAAAAAUACAAAAAUGUAAAUUUACUUCAGCAUUUUUAUAGGUUCCCUCGUUGGACAUAAUUUCUAAAUUUCCAAUGAUUCAACAUAAUGUCUAUAAGUGCAUUCAUCUUUAUUAUUAUGUAUUACAUUUUUGUAUUACUAGCUUAAAAAAGUAAAAAUGAUACAGUUUAACAAUAUCAGUGUUAAGAAAGUUUUGAAGAUUCUGAUGCGGUUUUAAUUGUCGAAGGUGAAAGUAUACUUGGAUUUGCAUCACCUCUUUUUAAAGCCAUGUUGUCAUUAAACUUUAAAGAAGGAAGAGAGAAGGUGAUACAUCUUCCCGGAAAAAGCAGACUAUCGAUAUCGAUGCUAUUAAAUCUCAUUUAUCCGUCCAAUUUUAUAAAAAUAACAGAGUAUUCGUCUUGCAAAGGUCUACUUGAACUGGGACGAGAGUACGAUAUUAAAAGGAUAGCACCUCUAGUGGAUGAGUUUCUUCGUCACGACCUUGAAUGCUCUUUAAGUGCACUUAACCUGGCUGAUGAAUACAGUUUGACGAAAACAAAAAGAAAAUGCAUCCAUGAAUUUAUUAGUUUGUGUAAUAGUGGAUCUUUUGUUAACGAAUUUUGUGGCGACUGGAGCAAUAUUUCUGUUGAAUCAAAAUUUCUAAUAAUAUGUGGUAAGGUAAAAGCAUUGACAGAUAAAAGACAAACUUUUUGUAAGUAUUGUCAUAGAGCUUCAUCUUCCUGUAAUCAUUAUGCUACUGAUGUUGUUAGCAUAAAAGACAUUUUCUCGCUUAUAAGAAGCGUCCAAGAUUUGUCUAGCAGUUUGAGUGCAUAACUAUUUGUAUAGAAGCUAAUACUCACGUGACCUUUUUUAAAUUAAUAAAUUAAAUAAUUUUUUUAUUAAUGGACAAAUUUGGUCAUAAUAAAUGUUGCUAAUUUAUUUUUUGAAGAAGAAUUAUUUUAUACCACAAUCUUAUUCUGUGUUUUUACGGAUUUCGUUGCGAUUACAGCAGCCUGCGAAAUGAGAAUUUAUUUCUGCGAUUGACAGUUUACUGACAAUAGGCAGGCAGAUAUUGCUGGUCUAGCUUCUUUUUUGAGACGUGUCUUGUUUCUGCAAUACUGACACAUACUGGCAACCUUUAUGUAUUUAUCUAUUACCUUUAAUAGAUGUAGUUACUGGUUAAUUACCAGUUACGCUUGACAGGUAAAAGUUUUGUAAAUGGCAACCACGCUUUUCUAGAAGUGUUUACUAAAAUUUUCGAGCUUCUGAAAUAUUUUGACAAGAUACCAUACCCUUUAACCUAAGAUUAUUUUUUUAAUGUAAAUAAAUUGUUCCAGAAAAUGUUUGUGUGAUUCACAGAAUCGCAACUUGCACAAAUCAACAAUUUGUGCAAGCUGCACAAAAUAGCACAAAUCAACAAAUAUAAGUUAUUUUACGCAUUUUAAAUAUUGUCUUUCCCUUAAAAGCCUAUACAAAAAUAUGAAAAAGCCAUAGUUUCGAAAACAUCAAAUUUAAAUCUAGAGAAAUCAGUCAUUUCGGUUGGAUACCAUCCUGUCCCACAAAAAUUUGCCCAAAAUGUUAAAAUCAACCAGUUAAGAACACAAAAAUUUUCCUUUUUAGUUCCGUACUGACCUUUAACAACAAUUUUGAACCUAAAUGUCAAAAAAUCAAUGAGCAAAGAAUAAACUUAAUCAACAAAGAUCAUUAUUUUGGAAACAUUGUAUACGGUUCGUAAACAAAAGUUUACACACAAUGUAAAACAGAUCGGUUUUUAAGAAGCACAUCUAAAUCAACAAAAAUAAGUUCAUUCAACAUGUCGUAUAUUACCAUUACCCAUUAAUCUUCCACAAAAAGGUUAUGAAACACAUCAAAAUUUUAAAAAAUCAGUGAUUUCAGUGCAUACAGUCCUCGCAUUUAGAUUACAAAAUAUAAAAAACAAAAACAGUUUCCGUCAGAACAUUAAGUAUAUAUUUUUUUUAUCAUCAGCAAACAUUUAUCCCAACAAAAUUUUGUAAAAUUCUCAAGAAAAACAAAAACGUAAAACCAUGGAAUUUUCUUCCAGCAAAAAUUACAUCACAUACAGUUAGUUCUCCCAAACAAUAGUUGAUAAUACGAAAUAUAAAGACAAAGUUGUUUAUAUAGUUUGAAGAUGUAUUUAGUGUACGAAAAGCUUAACAAAUAAAUACUUUUUAACUUUCAAACUCGUUUUAUUUUUUACCUAAUUAGUAAAAUAUGGCAGUUAUAUAUUUUUGCCGAUAAAGACAUCAGCUUUACAACAGCUUACAGUGAAGUCUGAUUUACAAAGAUUUGUUCUUUUAGUGUAUAUAUUGCAUGUGGUUUAUUUCCACAAAAGUUUACACAAAAUUUAAAAAAACAGCAUUUUGCAACACAAACAAUAUGAACUGACAAACAUACCAUCCCCUUGUAAAUUUUUUAACCCGCCCAAGUCAUAAAUCCACGUAAAUUUCCAAUCGAAUGUAAAAAAUCCCUGUAAAAAAACUUGCAUUUUACAUGUAGGCUGACAAAAGUUUACCGGGAUGUCAGAAACAAAACAAUAAAAAUAACUUAACACACACACUUUAAAUUCUAUAAAAUUCGUUUCACUUGUCAUAUUGUGGUCCCCUUGUAAAGUUCACAGGUAAUGUGAAAAAUAUAUACUCUAUGGGCAUAACAAUGAGUCACACCAUCCUAUAAGUUCAAGAAAGAUUUUGUAGCUAGCUUGUUACAUCAUAAUUCGUGUUAAAAAAAGAAGAGAUAGGUUAGAGCUAGCUAAGAAGAUUGGGAUGGGAGCCUUAAAGCUAACAUUAGCUAUCAGAUAACAGUAGCUAAGACACUCAGUUAAAUAUACUUAAACUGGGGAGUCUUAACUGGGUCUACAGCUAGCUAUUCAUGCUUAGUAAAAGACAUUAUAAAGAGAAACAAUAGUAAUGUAAAACAAACCAAAGUUUUCUGUUUGUCCCGCAAAUUAGUUUGUUAGCCAGCGAAAAGCUUUAUCUAGCAUUUUGAAUUUUAGUACAAACCAUUAGUUACGCACCAGGGGAUACAUUAAUUAUGCAAAAAAAUUUUAAACAAAUAUGGCUAGCUUUUUUAUUUUUAAAAAAACGCGGUAAAAACUUUAUGAAUUUGGAGCUUUAAUGGAUUUUUUUUUGAGAAUGCGUUUCUGCUUGACAAUUUUAAGUGUACUACAUAAAAAAGUAACAUGCAGCCUCGGCGACAUAAAAGCGGAACGUCUAAAUAUAUCAAAGUUCUUACUUUUUCUGAAUCCACUUGAAACCGUAGCAUGCAUUCUCUACUUUUAACUUUACUUUACUACUUCCUAGCUCCACUCUUCACUUCCGAAGUAACUUCUUGUCGCUUUCAACUUUAUUUUUCUACUUCUACUU